GCUCAAAUAUGAAAGAAACAGAUACAACCAUAACUCGCGUUUCCAAGCUUGAGGGUGCACGAGGGAAAUAGUAAAGGAAUAAAAUUGACGCAGGAACGUGGAAAAACACUACCAAACAUGCAAAUCUGGUAGCAUCCUAAUAAUAUACUUCCAUAAACAGAAAUUCCUGUAUCAUUUCAACCACUACUCUCGCUAUAUUCAUCCUUCAACAAAUCAGCCAAAAUACUCCGUAGUAACUAACUCCAUCUAUCCACAAAAUUCCAAGAAUUGCAAGGACAAUUUAGGCAAAUAUUUCAGUGUUCGAAUCACCAAAAAAUAAUGGAAACAAUUUUAAUUCAACCUUUAGUCGCAGCAUUAAUGGCGGCUAUGAUCGCAUUUCGAUCUUACAGGAAGAAGUCUCUCGAUCUUUCUGGAGCUUUCUUCGGAUUUCUCGUCGUCUUCCUUCAUCUUGCUGUUAAUAUCAGAGCUGGAAUAAUGUUGUUAGUGUUUUUCUUCACUUCAUCGAAGCUUACGAAAGUUGGAGCUGAGAAGAAACGUAAAUCUGACGCUGAAUACAAGGAAGGCGGUCAGAGAAACUGGGUCCAAGUGGUUUUUAACAGUGGCAUUGCUUGCUCUCUGAUCGUGCUUAUUUGGAGGUUGAUAGGAUGGGAAGACAAGUGUUUGGAUUGCAGAGAAUCUACUCUUAUCACUUCACUCUGGGGUGGAAUAAUUGGUCACUAUGCUUGUAGUACUGGAGAUACUUGGUCCUCAGAAAUUGGUGUACUUAGUGAUGCACAGCCUCGACUAAUCACAACCUUUAAGGUGAAGAAAAGAGGUACAAAUGGCGGUGUCACAAAAACAGGACUCUUAGCAGCUGCAGCUGGAGGCUGUGUAAUUGGACUUGAAUUUGUUUUGAUCGGAUUUAUCACUGCUAAUUGUCCUGAUGUAGCUCUGAAACAACUGCUAGUAAUACCCCUUGCAACUCUGGCAGGACUUGGUGGCAGUUUACUAGAUUCUUUUUUGGGGGCAACAGUGCAAUACAGCGGAUUUUGUACUGUUCGUAAAAAGGUUGUUGGGAAACCUGGACCCACUGUUAGACGUAUCUCAGGAGUUGAUAUCCUUGACAACAACGGUGUCAAUCUCAUCUCAAUACUUCUUACCUCCGUGCUGACUUCUGUUGCCUGUGUGUACAUAUUCUGAGAUACCAGAGUCUUCAGAUUCAGAUAGACAAUACUUGGAUAUAUAGAUGCUGUCGUACGAGCUAAUCGAUACACUUGAAAUGGGAAUUUGAUAACACAGCUUGAUGAUGAUAUUCUGAAGACUUCACAGAUUUUGUAGAUCUGACAAACUAGCUUGAUCUCUUCCCUUUUUUGGUUUUAAGUUUUUCCUUUCUGAAAUUUUGUUCACAUGUACAUUUCUUUUUCUUUCUUUUUUUGGGCUAGAUGAAGCUACUUUCUUUGGUCUUUGGAUUAUUUUCCUGAACACAGAAAGAAUUGAGGUUGUCUAUAGAGGAAAGACUUCAUGUAGGAAAAGUUGUUCAAAAUUGAUGUUAGAGAUGUGAAGAAUUGCUCUCUUGUUAUCAAAACACUUGAUAAAUUACAUUUUAGUACAAUUCUUUCUUUCUUUUUGGAAGAUUAUUA